AUGUGUCUCGCUAAGGAAGAUUCACUGUCGCCCCAGAAGGAGGCUCAGUCACCUCGUUCGCCUUGGAUGAAGCUCUUGAAUCGUCAGAGCUCUAAACCAAGGCUUCCACGAAAGGUGACGAGUUCUACGCGAGUGAAUCUUAAUAAAUGUUGGUCGAAACUAGGAGAGUUGAUCUCCAACUCUUCACCUCGCUCUGACCUGCCAUCGCAUAAGACUGCUUAUCUCGAAGAACCUGUCUUAGUGCCGUUCUCCGAGUACUUCUAUCCAGUAGAUCCGGUCAAACCGGUACCUGUUGAAGACAACGAUAAUGCCGAAAACCAGAAUAUCUUGAACUCCAGCAGGUUUGAACUCAUCUCAGAAGAAGAGAUCAGUGAUAACAUGGCCAACGAAGUUCGAGAAAUCUGUUAUUCGACUACUAAAUCAAGCUGCUUUGUAUGUAAGCUCUGCUAU